CCACCACCUUCACACCAAGGAAGAGACCGGAGCGCCUCACACGUGUUGUUGUUGUAAAACUUUGAGCCAUGGCAGGCUCGUUCUCUCAGGAGCUCGAAGAUUUGCUGAAUCCUUUGCCUAAAUUUGCGGAUCCAGAGGAUGAUGAUGAUGAAGCGACCAAAGCCAGAGUGAUAGACAGAUUCAACGAGGAAGAGGAGGAGGAAGAUGAGGUCGGCUUCAGUACGCUGAGGAAGAGCAACACAACCCUGCUGUCAGACACGGACAGGCGGUAUGUGGGGAAGGCAGUGUCCCGUAAACAGCUGCUGAUGGAUGAGGAAGGAUCUGAAGAGGAAGAGGAGGAGGAUGAAGAGGAGGGUAGCAUAGAGGAAGAAGAGACUAUGGAGGAUGAAGAGGCAGAUGGUGAUGAUGAUGAAAAUGAUUUAGAGGAAGAAGAUAAGGAUGGGGAGUUGCUGGACGAUGAUUCAGGUGGGGAACGUCCAUCUAAGAGGAAAGGCUCUGACCUGAAUUUUCCUCAGGGAGUGGACUUCCAUAAACUCACAGAGGGCAUGGACGACCUGGGAGUGAGUGAGGAAGAUGAGGAUGACGAUGAGGAGGAAUCCGAAGGCAGCGACGAUGAUGAAGACGCAGGCUCUGACGAUGAAGACGAGAUGGAUGACGAGGAAGACGAGGGAGCUGUGCGCACCUUUUCCCAAGAUAAAGUGGACGAGGAGGUGGAGAAGGGGAAGGCCGUGAAGAACCAGCUCGCCCUCUGGGACCAGCUGCUCGAAGGUCGGAUCAAAAUCCAGAAAGCCCUGGUGACGGCCAACCAGCUGCCACAGCCGGCCACCUUCCCGGAGUUCAGGAGGGAGGGAGGAGCUGAGCUGGCCGGGCCGCUGAAGAACACCCACAAGGCUCUGAAGGCUCUGCAGAGGUCCCUGCUGGAGCUGCACGAACAGCUGCUGCACCAGAACGCCGACACGAGGAGCAUCGCUGUGGGGGAGAGCGAGGACGAGGAGAUAAUCAGCGAUGAAGGAGAACAAGAGUCGGUUCCGCAGUCUGGAGCGCCCAAACGAAAGCUGGAGAUGGUGGAGUAUCCGGACUUCAUGGCCAAACGUUUUGCAGCCUUUCAGCCUUAUCGCGAUGCCACUCUGCAGAAGUGGCACGACAAAACCCGCCUGACCCAGGGGAAGAGCAGUAAAGGGUUCGGGGCGUUCGACAGGAGCAUUCUGACCCAGGUGGAGCAGGUGCUGAUGGACAAUGAGAGGCUGGUGAGACGAACACAAACCCGCCGCUCAGAGUACAGAGUCCUGGGGAAGAAAGAGGCCUCAGCUGUCACCACGGAGACCACAGAGGGAGCAGGGCAGCAGCUGAAGGCCAACACGCAUCUGAAAGAUCUGGACGAGGACAUAUUCGACGAUGACGACUUCUACCACCAGCUGCUGAGGGAGCUCAUCGAGCGCAAGACGAACGCGGCGGACCCCAACGAUCAGGUGGCCAUGGGGCGGCAGUGGCUCGCCAUCCAGAAGCUGCGCAGCAAGAUCAAGAAGAAGGUGGACACCAAAGCCAGCAAGGGGCGCAAGGUCCGCUUCCACGUCCACAGCAAACUGGUCAACUUCAUGGCACCUAUUGAUCACAGCUCGAUGAGCGACGAGGCGCGCAGUGAACUCUACCGAGGCCUGUUCGGUCAGAACGCCUCAGUCAGGGAGUAAAGAUGGAGUUUAUGAACCCAGAAGAGAUGAAGCAGCUCUCCAUCAGCAGAGACGCCUCAGACUGGGUGGACAGUUCUGGUGCUUUGACUGGGUUUCAAUCAAAUGGACUCAUGCAGUUCUUUAUAAAUAUUUUUAUACCUCAGUGUGUCUCUGCCUAAUGAACAGGUUGUGUUUCCAUCAAAACUAAAAGCACAAUGAGUUCAAAUGCUUUAAUUAUUUUUUUCUGUCUUGUGUAAUUCAAGUAAUGGGAUUGUUUACUUCCAAAUUUUGUAGCUUUUUAAAAAUAGUCAUCUGUCCUUGAUUUCAGGGCAGAUGUAGGGGCACAUGAAUAUUUAUGUGUAUUUCAUCCAUUGUAUUUUAAAUUGUCACCUGGUGCCAUAAUUUCAUAUUUUCCUGUUUCCUUUCCUGUCCUACUUAGACAUUUGUACCACAAACUGGAUGGAAAAGUGAACAAAUCUGUGCUUAAAAUCACAGGAAUGCAUAAAAUUAAGUCAUUGAUUCUCCACAAAGAAUAAAAAAAAGAGGGACUAAUACACGUUCUAAAUGUUGAGCAGUACUUAUCAUAUGUCCUCCCUAAAAUCUACACAUAUGAACUGUUCAAAUGUACACUGUGUCCCAACUCCAUACUAACUGUUCAUAGUCUAAAUGUUCUCCAAUGUUUCACUGCUAAUUAAAAGAUCUGAAAGAAAAUGUUUCCCAGAAAAAACUGUUUCAUGAUGUGUUCUUGCAGUAUUUUCCAGCUCCCUCGUGCAUUGCAUUGUGGGAGAGCACCUUCCAUCAACAGCACAAUAGCAAAAAAAGGUUAGAAGCUUUAAUUAUUCUUUAUUUUGUUGCUUUUCUGGUGUGAGCAUUUGAGACACAACUGGAGGCUGGUGGCAUUACAUGCACUAGGUGAUGUUAUGAAUCCCGAGUUCCCACUAUCACAUGAACAAAAAAAUGUUGACAGUUUAAAAAGAAAAUUAAAUCUAGAAUAGAAAUGGCAAUUUGUAAACCAGUUUUGUUAACUGGAAUUUCAUUUUGCCAGGAGUAUCCAACAUGUUUUUGAAAAUGUCAGAAAUGACAAGACAGUUUAGAGAUUUUUGUCCAAUAUAAUGACACACAAUUUUACUAAUUGUACCUUAAUAUAGUUUUUCCUUGGUAAAAAGGGAGACAUUUCCAUCACAAAUUUAUACAUAAAAGGAACAAAUCGAUGCAUAAAAAUACACCACAAUACAGGCAAUUCUCCUGCUUAUAGGCACUGAUUUCUGGGAAGUAAAUAUUAGGCAUGGGUGUGGGGGUUCUCUCCCAAUUUUCAGUGUUUAACACUUCAUUCUGCUGCAUACUGGGGAAUUUUUGUGCUCCAAUUUAUGACUUUCUGUGUCAGUUUAUGUGGACAUGUCUAUAUGUGUGUACAUAAAAAACUAAAAAUUCAGGCACCAGGUGAAAAUUCAAAAUGUCAUGGAAUAUUUAUGGAUCUAAUUACAUUUUUACAUUGAAUUUAGUGGCAUUGAAGUCAUAAUUUAUAUUUUGAGAGCACAGAAAGGUCCAGUGCUGAGGUAUUAUUGAGCAAAAAAGUGAAGUUAUAGCUGUUCUUUAAAUAAAAGUCCUCUGCUUA